AUGAAGAGGCUUUUCGGGCGCGACAAGGCCAAAGGCAAGCCGGUCCCUGGCUCGAAGGACUUGGCUGCAGAGAUCGCUCCUGGCGCACAGGAAAGCUACGCAUAUGUCUCUCAUCCACCACAUAAUGCCGGGCGGGGCCAGUCAAGUCCUCUGUCGGUCGACGAGCAUUGGCAUAUGGUCGACAAUGAUUCCCACACGUAUACUGUGCGUUCUGCGAUGUCAGGCGCCGGGUAUUCACCUUCGCUGGCAUCUACCCCCCUCCUUUCCGUACCCCGUGCUGUAUCUCCGGUGGCCUCCAACCCCGUCUCACCUCAGCCCAUGAGGUCUCCGAACCCAAGAGACCGCGAUCGAGAUCCAAAUGCACUGAAGAAGAAGGGGGUGAACGGACCGAACGCCUUUGGUGCUAUAGGCAUUCUGAAAGCACUCGAUCCCCACCCCGAACCGCCAUUAAUGCCGGAGCUCUCAGAGGACAGCUUGACUGAAGCAUCGUUCAGGGAGGAGAAGAAGGAGCGCAAGAGCUUUUGGGAUCGCAGCGGUUUGCGAGAGAAGGAGAAGGAGAGGGGAAAGGACAGAGAAAGGAGAGAAGAAGAGGCGCAUGAUGUGCUUACUAGGAUGAUAGGCUAUCUGACUGCGUCGGCCUCUGAGGAUUGGUCUCUGGUUCUGGAAGUCUGCGAGAGGGCUUCUGCCAAUGAGGUCAGUGCGAAGGAAGCCGCAAAGGCGUUACGAAGAGAAUUCAAGUAUGCUGAGCCAGCCGCGCAGCUGUCAGCGGCACGGCUUUGGGCAAUUAUGCUCCGAAAUUCGUCCGAGAUAUUCAUCUGGCAAUGCACUUCUCGCAAGUUCCUCGACACGCUAGAAGAUGUGAUUACAUCCUCGCGAACAUCACCCGUCGUUCGGGAACGUCUGUUAGAGGUGCUGGCCGCGGCUGCAUACGCCAGUAAGGACAGUGGUUUCCGUCACUUAUGGAAGAAGGUCAAGCCGGCUGAUAAACCAGACGAAGGCAUACCAUUCGAUGCCUCUGACGCAAUGUUCCAACCUCCACCACGGCACCAUUAUGCAUCACAUCCUGACCAGCCACCACAGGUCCCCCCACGGCCACCCUCAUCUGGUAUACCGCACAAGAAAAUAUCUCGUCAUCAUGUUAUACCCCCAGAAGAGGAUAUGCGACGUCUAUUCCAGGAGUGCAAAGUGGGCCGGGGCAAUGCUGCAUUAUUAUCGGAAUCACUCACGUAUGCGAAACCCGAGGAUCUGAAAUCAAAGGACAUUAUUCGGGAGUUCUACGCCAGAUGUCGUGCCUCGCAAGAGCUGAUCUCUGCUCAGAUACCUUGGGCAUUUGCGGGUGCCGAGCGGUCACGUCAAGCCACCGGACGAGCCGAAGUGCAGCACAGAGAUUUACGACCAUCCAUUGACUCGGACCACCCCACGGAAGAAUCGGUUGAGUUGACACCAGAGGAGCAUCUAUUAGCUGCUCUGCUUGCUGCGAACGAGGAUCUGAUGGAGGCUUUGAGAGUGUAUGAUGACCUAGAACGCGUUGGGUUAGAGAGGGAAAUCGAAAGGGAGGCGGAGGACAGGAGUAGAAAGGAAACGAGGAUUGAUAGGAGUCAACUUCGGUAUAACGAGGCUGAAGACUCCCUAUACCUGGAACCGGGCUAUCCAUACCACGGUGGAGCUUCAUCUUCUCGAAGUCCAUCACCGUCGCUCUCUGCUUCGCCAUCUCCGGCACCAUCAUUCGUCAUCACGCCGAUGCACGUAUCUCAUAAUCAGAAUCAUCCUCUGCCUGCUCUUCCUCAUCAUGGUGGCUCCACCGGGGGUCACCAUCAGCAAACAGCUGUUCCGGCGCAAGGAUCUAUAGUAUCCCUUGCACCACCACCACCGGCACCCAUGGGGCCGCGUUCCUUCACUCACGGUUCACAGCGCUCUCGGACGCCGUCUCCCGAGCAGCCGGCCUAUGUUGCGCGCAGUUCGUUGGAAGUGCGUCAAAAUGGAACUGCACACGAUCUGAACAGAUUCCUUGUGCCGGACGUGGAUCCAGAUGACGAGCGCACGCCCAAAAGACCGAGUGCGAAGGCUCUUGGCAAGCGCAGGAUUAUCGAGUCCGUUGAAGCAGAUCAUCACGCGGACUCUGACGAGUUUUACUAUGAGCACAACGAGGACACGAUGCGUUCUUCGGAAGAUCCUCUCGAGUCCGAGUCUGACGAGGGGCAUCACCACCCAUGGCACCAGCCGGUAAAUUACGUAUAUGAUGCCGCGGCGGAACUCACUCAGCAGCGUAUCCGAGAAGGGCUAGCCGCAGUGGCACUUGUAAGUGGUGUGCAUUAA